UCUUCAGGCCAAGGGCUGUGAUUUGUGCCUGCAAGGAUGGAUUCAGAUCCGACGGCUCUCCCCCAGCAAGGGCCGCACCGCUGAGUUCUGGAAUUUGGCUUAGAAAGGGUCUCACUUGGAUUUUUCUGAGGGGCAUUUUACUUUCUUCUUUCCUGUCGUGAGCGGCGGGAAAAACGUGCGCCCUUUGAAGGGAGAAGGGAUGGAAUGAUCAAUGAUGAACCGAAGCUCUAAGUAAGACUCUUCUCUUCCCCGGGAACGGUCCUUUAAGGAAGAAUGGCAUUAGGUUGAGAUGGAUGUCCAAGCGAUCUGUUUGGAAGCAGUAAGUACUGUUUUCUAUUCCAUAUUCAAAUAACUGGAGAAAAAAGACACCAGGUAAUAUAGAUUAUCAGUAGAAAAGCUUCCUGAAAGAAGAAAUUGUUUAAGAUAAAUUUGGAAGUAGCAAAACAGAAGAGAAUUGACGGCAGAUACAGAGGAGAGUGCAGAAGUAACCACAGCAUGAAAAGAUGAGAGGAGGUUAUCUAGAACAGGGGUCCCAAACCCCCAGGCCACAGACCACUACUAGUUUGUGGCUUUUUAGAACCAGGCUGCACAGCAAGAGAUUUUACUUCAUUCAGUUUUUCAACAAAUUCAUUCUGCAAAAUUUUGUCGAGCACCUAGUCUUGGCCAGGUAUUGUCCUAGGCAACAGAACACAGCAGUGAACAAAACAGAAUCUCCUGCCUGUAUACAACUACAGCUGAUGAUGUCUUCCAGUUUCAGUGUAUUUACAGUUGGCAUCUCUUUUGUCAUGACGUGCAUUUUUUACAAGUCGACAGUAGACUCUCUACCAGAACUGAGUCCUCAGAAAUAUUUAAGUACAUUGCAACAAGGAAAAGCCUCCUUAGCUUAUUUUUGUCAAGCCAAUUCUCCAAGUACCUCUAUAUUUCUUGAAGAACUGAAUAAGGCUGUUAAACCUCUCCAGGACUAUGGAAUUACAGUUGCAAAGGUUAAUUGUGCUAAAGAAGAAACAUCAAGAUACUGUGGAAAAGAAAAGGAUUUGAUGAAAGCCUAUUUAUUCAGGGGCAACAUAUUACUCAGAGAAUUCCCUACUGACACCUUGUUUGAUGUGAAUGCCAUUAUCGCUCACGUUCUCUUUGCUCUUCUUUUCAAUGAAGUAAAAUAUAUUACCACUCUGGAAGACCUUCAGAAUAUAGAAAAUGCUCUGAAAGGAAAAGCAAACAUUGCAUUUUCAUAUGUAAGAGCUAUUGGAACACCAGAGCACAGGGCUAUCAUGGAAGCUGCUUUCGUGUAUGGGACCACAUACCAAUUUGUCUUAACCACAGAAAUUGCCCUUUUGAGAAGUAUCGGCAGGGAGGAUAUAGAAUAUGCACAUCUCUACUUUUUUCAUUGUAAACCAGUGUUGGACUUGACCCAGCAAUGUAGAAGAACACUAAUGGGACAGCCUUUGACUACAUUGAACAUUUAUCGAUUUAUUAAGUCAGUGGAAGCACCGCUGCUGACUGAAGUUGCUGAAGAUCCUCAACAGGUUUCAACUAUUCAUCUCCAACUCGGAUUACCACUGGUUUUUAUCGUUAGUCGACAUGCUACAUAUGAAGCUGAUAGAAGAACUGCAGAAUGGGUUGCUUGGCGUCUUCUUGGAAAAGCAGGAGUUCUACUCUUGUUAAGGGACUCUUUGGAUGUGGACAUUCCUCAGCAGGCUAAUGUGGUCUUCAAACGAGAAGAGGGAAUGCCAGUGGAAUUUUUGGUGUUUCAUGACAUUGAUUUAGUAAUAUCCCAUGUGGAAAAUAAUGUGUACAUUGAGGAAGUACAAGAAGAUGAAGAUGAUGACAUGGAAGGUCCAGAUAUGGGAAUUCAAGAUGAUGAAGUAGCAGAAACUGUUUACAGAGACAGGAAGAGACAGUUACCUUUGGAGCUCACAGUGGAACUAACAGAAGAGACAUUUAAUGCGACAGUAACGGCUUCUGACAGCAUAGUGCUUUUCUAUGCUGGUUGGCAAGCAGUAUCCAUGGCAUUUCUGCAGUCCUAUAUCGAUUUGGCAAUUAAAUUGAAAGGCACAUCAAUUAUGCUGCUUACUAGAAUAAACUGUGCUGAUUGGUCUGAUGUAUGUACUAAACAAAAUGUUACUGAAUUUCCGGUUGUAAAGAUGUACAAGGAAGGCAAGAACCCAGUAUCUUAUGCUGGUAUGUUAGGAACAGAAGAUCUCCUAAAAUUUAUCCAGCUGAACAGGAUAUCAUGUCCAGUGAAUAUAACAUCUGUCCGAGAAGCAGAAGAAUAUUUAAGUGGGGAAUUAUAUAAAGACCUGAUCUCUUAUGCUAGCGUGUCAAUACUGGGACUAUUUAGUCCAAACAUGACAAAAGCAAAAGAAGAUUUCACUGAAGCAGGAAAGUACCUAAAAGGAUAUGUUGUCACUGGAAUUUAUUCUGAAGAUGAUGUUUCAAUACUGUCAAAUAAAUAUACUGCAACUCUUCCAGCCCUGCUGCUAGCCAGACACAAAGAAGGCAAAGUAGAGAGCAUUCCAUUAGCUAACACCCAUGUGCAAGACAUAGUUCAAAUAAUAACAAAUUCAUUGCUGGAAACAUUUCCAGAAAUCACUGUAGAAAAUCUUCCCACUUAUUUAAGGCUUCAGAAACCAUUACUUAUUCUAUUCAGUAAUGGCAGCAUAAACCCUCAGCAUAAAAAAGCAGUAUUGACACUGGUAAAAGGGAAACACUUGGAUUUAGUUACUCCUUGCUGGCUAAAUCUGAAGAAUACUCCUGUGGGGAGAAGAAUUUUGCAGGCAUAUUUUGAUGUUCUGCCUCCCCUUCCUCUUCUUGUUGUGGUGAAUCUGCAUUCAGGUGGUCAAGUAUUUGCGUUUCCUUCAGACCAGGCUAUAACUGAACAAAACCUUUUAUUGUGGCUUAAGAAGUUAGAAGCGGGACUAGAAAGUCAUAUUGCAAUUUUACCUGCCCAGGAAUGGAAACCUCCUCUUCCUGCUUACAAUUUUCUACGUAUGAUGGAUGCUGCAGCAUCAUCUCACCAUCCCACUAGGAAAAGUCCUGAGUGUAUGAAAGAAACUGAUGUUCAGGAGAAUGAUAAAGAACAACAUGAAGAUAAAUCAGCAAUCAGAAAAGAACCGAUUGAGACAUUGAGAAUAAAGCGCUGGAAUAGAAGUAAUGUAUUUAAAGCAGAAAAAUCAUUUAAACAUGAUAAUAAAGAGUUAUGAUGGUUAAAAGUGAGCCAUUUUCAUAGGGCUGUAGAAAGCUUUCCAAAGUCUUUUUGGCUUAUUUGAUAGACUUAAGAAUUUAUUUCAUUAAAAAAUAAUACUAAAUCAUUUCAAGUUUCUAGACCAGUGCUAUUCAAUAAAAAUAUAAUGUGA